AUGAAAUUGGUUAGCAGGAGCAGCACUAGCACCACUCUAUCGGAAAUAAUGGGACAGCGCAGCAAGCGGGAUCAGUUUGUAGUCUACCUGCGGGAGAAAGAGAAAAGCAUAGAGAAUUUGAAUUUCGUAUUGUGGUACGAGGAUUAUAGCAUUCGCUUUCAGUAUACCCCACCCGCACAGCAACGCAGGGAGAUUGAAAGCAUCAUCGAAACUUAUUUUGAUAGUCGGUCCAUCUCCGAAGUAAAUAUCGACCAAGAGCGUAAGUUAGAUUCACUUAAUCAAGUACGCCAGUGUUUUGAAUCGAAUGCAUCGAUACCGCCGAGGGUUUUCGAGAACAUCUACCGCAUCUGCCUCAAUCUCCUCGAAACUAGCAGCAUACCUGCCUUCCUCAGUUAUCGCAAAGCAGAGCGAAUGUCAUUUCGCACAAUUCUCGGUUUGAGAGAGACUUACUCGAUAAGUCGCUCAUCCAGCAGCUCGACUAGCUAA